GAAAGACUCCCUUAUCCAUGUGAGAAGAGGGUGGGCAGUUACUAGAAGAGUUGACAAAAGUCUGCACUGUCCAGACACCUAACCCCAGCUACCCCUGCCUCUCGCUCAGCCUCUCACUUGCUCUCUGUGCUCUUUCAUUAACGUAGCAGUCUAUAGAGUCCGGCCAGGAACCAUGGGCGUCUGCAGCAAUUACAGAGGUUUAUCUCAGCUCGUCUUCAUUGGUGCUCUGGCCAUCUGCAUGGCUUUUGUGCAGUCAGAAUCAGUUGCUGAUUCCUCCCCUACACUGCAGAAUGAUAACCAGGACACACUAUCUGGUGCUGGAGGCUUCGAUGUGACAACAAAAGUCCCUUUCCAAGACCCCGCAAAUAAUGGCUACACCUUUGAUUAUGAGGAUGGUACCCCCUCAAUAACUCUGGAUGAGGAAGAAGUUGUGCUGGGGCCAGGUGCCAUCACAGCUAUCGUCAUCGCCGUGUUCCUCGGAGCUUCUGUUCUUCUCGCUCUCAUUGUGAUCACGCUCAGAAAGUUCACUGCCUCUUAAAGAAGGGACAUUCAUAUUUGCAUUUCCUCUCUUCCCCAGUCCCAUCUCCUUUUUACUGUAUUUUCAAGUGUCUCAUUGGUGGCAGGUCCUUCGUGAAAUGGAUGCUCUUCACUGAGUUUUGUGAUUUCUUUCUCCUGUCAAACUCAAGUCAGAGAAAACCAAGAUAAGGCUGAACAAAAGGGUAACUGCAAUCAAGGGAAAUUUUGGUUACAUUUGUUUGGUGACCAUAUAUUCAUUUUUGAUAUCCUCUUGUAAUAAUGUUUAGAAUUAAAUAUUUAAAGAAGGUAGAAUUAUUAUAUGAAAGUCACAUUUUAAGAUAAAGUUAACACCGUCCAUGUGCAACUAGUUUUAUUUUAUUUCAUGAUGUAUACUAAAUUCCAGUGUUCUUGUCAUUCUAGCUGAUUUGU